AUGGCUCAACCGGUGAAUGCUGAUGCGCCAUCCACUGCUGCUCCUGCAGGCGAAAGCAUGCUAAGUAAUGACCAGAGCUUCCUCCUGACCAUCAUUUUUGGAACAUACUUCGGGCCUCAACUCAAAGGGGAAAGGCCACCCCACAAGUCGGCGAUGCAGAGAGUAUGCGAGAGAUUGCCACAGUAUACUCCCGAUCAGCUGGCUGGGUCCCAGGUGAUGGUGGUCCAAAUGAUGCACGUCUAUUAUUACAUACUCAGAAAGGCCAGUAAAUCUCUUGUGCUGGCCCCGUCGUUGUUGCUAAAGUUCUUUCGUAACACACUUCCGGCAAAAGUGCUUGGUCCUGCUAGCAAUUACCCUCAGUUCACUGACUUCUUUCCAAUUGACCUGCACCCUUGGUCUUUUGUUGAGGAGCGGUUUAUGGUGAUAGACAACAUCGUCUUCAUCAUCAACCCAAGCACCUCUUACCUCAAGGAAGAGGUUGUUGCAAGGUUUAAGAACUUGACUGGGUUGCUGGAAUUUGUUCUUGAGAAAGACGCAGCCGAGCUACCCAUUUAUGUCACUGACAAGUCACUCUAUGAAGUGAUGGUACAAGAGGCGCAUUCAGGGGGACAGUCUCAUUUUUUCAUGUCUCCUCAGGAUUCUCACCAAAGAAGAUGCAAUAGUAACGUGGCUUUAGACAUAAAGCCUCUUCAAGUGGUUCCACAUGAAGGCUCACCCUCCUCAACGUCGGCAUGGUUCUCUGGAGUAUGCGACACCUCCUUGAAGGCUCAACUUGAUCCUAAGGUGGUGUUUUCUUCACUCAGUACCACAGAAAUAAAAUAUGGCGGUGCUGCAGCUGCCAGUAGUGCUAAAGUCGGAGUGGUUGGGAACCUGGACGUGGGGCUUAGAGGAUCCAUCAAUGGGCGUGUGAACCUUGCGGAGUCCAGAGACUAUUACCUGUUCCAGGUGUCACUUCAAGGGUCAGAAGAGACCAAAGAUGAUGUUGAAGUACUAACGAAUUUCUCUGAAACUUCCUUUUCCGAUGCUGCAGCAUUUAGUUGGAAACUUGACAUGAGUGGCAAGGUCUUAAUUGAAGGAGAGACUGCCACCGGCGGGAAGGAGGUUGAGAGUAGAACAGGAAACCUUUGUCCAUCCGGACGCUUCUCUCUCUGUUUUCAGCUGCCCGGUCGUGUUGAUCCCAGACUGUCCCACUGCAACUUCGGCUCAGAUGGGAUGUUCGAAGGAGUUGUGAAGAAGCUGAUCAACGACCGAUGA